AUGUCCCAGCAACACACUCUGCCAGUGACUCUGCCUCCCACACUCUGUCAGGAGCCCCUCAAGCCAGUUUGCCCUCCCAUCAAUACCCAGCCCGAGCAAGUGAAACAGCCAACCCCACUGCCUGCCCUGUGCCAGAAGAUGCCCUCUAAGCUCCCAGGGGAGGUCCCCCAGGAGCAUGGGGAGAAUCAUACAACUCUCGUGAAGGGGGUGACUGAGCAACAAUGUGAGCCACAGCAGCAGGAACAGCAGCAGCAACAGCAGGACUCACAGGAGCAGGAACUUCACCUGGAACAGCAUCUGGAACAGAAGCAACAGCAGCAAGAGUCACAGGAGCAGGAACUUCACCUGGAACAACAUCUGGAACAGAAGCAGCAGCAGCAAGAGCCACAGGAGCAAGAAAUUCACCUGGAGCAGCAUCUGGAACAGCAGCAGCAGAAAGAGUCACAGGAGCAGGAACUGCACCUGGAACAGCAUCUGGAAAAGCAGAAGGAGCAGGAAAUACAGCAGCAGCAACAAAAGGAACAGUGUGAGGAACAUCAGGAAGCAAAAAACCUGGAGCAGCAGCUGGAGCAAGAGAAAGCACAAAGGAAGCAGCAGCAAAAGGAACAGCUGGGACAGGAGAAGAAGAUCAUGGGCCAGCAACUGGAUGGAGAUCUAGCAAAGAGAAAUGAGCAUCUGGAAAAGAGAGAAGAGCAGCAGCCAGAGCCAGCAGAGCAGCAGGAAGGCCAAUUGACGCAGCCUGCAUUUGUCCCAGCUCCUGGCCAGGUCCAAGAGCCCCUACUAGUCCAUCCACUGAGGGGAGAAGUCAUGCCCCUCAUAGACCAACAGCAGCAGAAGCAGGAGGUAUAUGGCCCCCCAAAAUAUAAGUAA